AUGAAUGUGAACAGAGAUAUACGAUCGAAUCUAGAUAAUCUCCCGGAUGAUGUGUUGGGUAUAAUUUUUAGACAACUGGAUUUGAAUGAGUUGAUAGGUCUGAGAAGAGUAGGGAGGGGCAUGUAUGAUCGGGUAACAUCCCUUGGUAUUCCCCUUUACCUCUCGUCCCACCGGCAAUCUCAAAUCACCCUCUUCCCCUCUUCAGAUCAAUGGGAUCCACUAAAUCUACUAAAGCACAAUCACUAUAUCAAGCGAUCACUAGCCCACCAUCGUUUCCACGCUUUACAAGUGGGUCCUACAUGGUCGAAAUCCGUCAUACCGACUCUGGAAAUAACUUUCAAUAACUUAGUCAUCGGUGUAGGAAGUAAGAUAUCGGUUCAUCCCUUACGUCCAACCUCAACUUCAGAUCGUCAUGGUGGAAAAGUGAUAGAUCGAGCGGUGGAAUAUGAUAUAAGGACAAAGAAGGAUCAAGGUGGUAAAUCAGAUAUAAUUGGUAUAGUACCUAUAGAUGGUGGAUCAAGUGGGGAAUAUAUAGUAGCUCAAUUUGAUGGUACGAUUCAACGAAUUCAUCUACCAUUUUCAUCUUCAUCUUCAUCAUCAGAUAUCGAUAUCUAUGGAUAUACGAAUCCUACGCUGUCGAUCAAAGCUAGAUAUUCAUCUUUUACUCAACCGAAGGAAUCGAUCAACACUUUAACAGGUACAGCCGAUGGUAGACAAUUCGUGACUACUUCUGUAUCAGGUCGAGUCAACAUUUACAGCACAAAUUCACCUUGGACCGAACCAUCUUUUAUUCAAUUGAAAUCUCCCAGAGCAUGGUCAUCGUUAUUGAGCAAUAGUCAUGAUAACUCGAUUGGACCAAUGGCAAUAUUAGGUAUACAAGGUGGAAUGGACAUUUACAACCUUUUACCUACUGGUAUAUCAUCUAGGCCAAAUAGGAAAUUGAUAGGUCCAGAAGAACCAUUAUUAUCAUCACCUUACUGUUUACAACUUCCUCCUACCAAUCCUGAUGGGACACCUCAAACUUCACAUAAUCCCAAUUUACUUUUGAGUGGAUGGUACGACUCUCAUCUCCGUAUACAUGAUUUACGUCUACCUUUUAAAUUACCUGUUGGGCAAUUCUCAGAUCAAUAUACUUGGUCGGACGGAUCGGCUUAUUAUUCGACUUGUUGGGUUGGAGAAUAUCAUAUCGCUGGAGGUACUUCCAAACAUGGUACGAUAUCUUUCUUCGAUAUCAGAAAUUCCAAGAACAAGAACAAGAAUAAAAACGAUAGAACAGGUUGGUCAUGUUUUUCACCUAAUGGUAAAGGAUCACCAGUCUAUUCGAUGAAAUAUGAUAAUGGAAAGAUAUACGGUGUGACGGAACGACGAUCGUUCGUACUUUCCUUUGAUCAUUCUGGAGAAUACAGGAAUGGAAUCUUGAGUGAGGAUUUGCGAAAAUCCAUGAUCUUGCAGAGUAAUAGGGAUAGGGAUAAAGGGAGAUAUGCACCUAAUGGAUAUAAGGCAAGGGGUGGGAAAUGGACUUGGUCAAUGAGGAAUGAACAGGAUGAUAAGAAUGGUGGGAUAGCGGUGGGGUAUGAGCAUACGAGUAAAGGCGGGGUGGAACUGUUCGAUUCGUUGGUGUCGGCUUAA